AUGAUUGAAGAGCUAGCAGCUAUGCGAUCAAUGAAAGGUACCACGACAGGGAGUGAUUUGUUCACCGAAGUAAAUGCAUCCAUGGACAAACUGGGACUAAAAUGGAACAAAUUAGUAAGUGUUACAACCGAUGGCUGUCCAAAUCUGACAGGGAAAAAUGUCGAACUUUUGAAGCGGAUGCAAGAUAAUGUGACUGAAAUAAACCCAGAACAGAAAUUGAUAUUUUUGCAUUGCAUUAUUCACCAGGAAGUGCUGUGCAAGUCGGUGCUAAAAAUCAGCCAUGUUGUUGAUGUUGUAACUAAGAUAGUUAAUUUCAUCAGGGCAAGAGCAUUGAAUCACAGACAAUUUGUUGCACUGUUGCAGGAGUAUGAAAGUGAACAUAGUGACAUAGGCUACUAUACAGCUGUGAGAUGGCUCAGUCUUGAAAAGAUGCUUAAAAGAGUAUGGGACCUGAGAGCUCAGAUUCAGGAGUUUUAUGAGAUGAAAGGCAAAGACAUCCCAGAGUUCUCAGACACGCACUGGAUGGCAGAUCUGGCCUUUGCUGUUGAUGUGACUACACUAAUGAACGAACUAAAUACCAAGCUGCAAGCCAAAGGCCUCUUUGCACAUGAAAUGUUUAGCUUGGUGACAGCUUUCAUGAGAAAGUUGAAUUUUCUUUCUAGCCAAUUGAAGGGCAAAAUUCUCACUCACAUGCCAACACUGAAAGAAGUCACACUAUCAGCUGAUCACCUUGACAAGUAUUCAUCCAUGUUUGCGGCACUACAUGAUGGAUUUUCCAGAAGAUUUGAAGACUUCAAAGCAGUUGAGAGUGAAAUGCACAUGAUUUCUUCUCCCUUUACAUGCAGUGUGGAUAAUGCACCCAGUGAUGUCCAGCUUGAACUCAUUGAUCUGCAGUCUGACAAUCUACUGGCGGAGCAUUUUAAAUCAGCAUCACUGCUGGAGUUUUCUUCUUCUCUCAAAGAGGAAAACUUUCCACACAUUAGGAGGCAUGCUUAG